AUGAUAGGCUUGGUAAUACGGCGCCGUUUGGAUUCGCGCUACAAAUUGAUCCGGAUAUAUCCGGAUAACGACGAUUCUCUUCGUUAUUUGAAUACGCUCUACGAAGGCUCUUCACCAUAUGAACUCGAUUUUUGGCAGCCACCAACCCAUAUAGGUGCAAUUGUUGACGUGACAGUGGCGCCGUCGGAUGCGCCGAUUUUUGUACGGGACCUGGAAUCGAAACAACUUCACUACGUUGUCGCUGUAAACGAUUUGGAGAGAGCUAUAGAAAACGAGAAGUCCCCUCCUGCAUUCUAUCAUCCAGAAGCUGGUGGCUAUUCAUACGACAAAUACAACUCCCUUGAAGACAUCCAUGACGAAAUGAUCAGAUUGAGAAAAGAGAAACCAGAUAUGAUUUCACUAAUCGAUAUUGGAGAAACCCAUGAGAAUCGAUCACUUUUGGUGAUUAAGAUUUCUGGUCACAGGUCGGCGAUCGGAAAGAAGAUAUCGAUGUGGAUUGACGGUGGUAUACAUGCAAGGGAAUGGAUAGCCCCAGCUACUGCUAUGUACAUCGUCCGCGAACUUGUGAACGGUUACGAUUCCGACCCAUCGAUACAGAAAAUUCUUGAUCAUGUGGAUUUCUACAUUUUACCUGUGAUGAAUCCUGAUGGAUACGAAUAUUCGCGCUUGAAGAACCGUAUGUGGCGGAAAAAUCGUCGGCCUGCUACUUGUAAACGUCAACAUUUCCAUACUGUCUGCUGUGCUGGUGUCGAUCUCAACAGAAACUUUGACUGGUUCUGGUCUUCGAGUGGUUCAUCUACGGAUCCUUGCCAUGAAACAUACCAUGGCCCGAGCGCAUUUUCAGAACCGGAGACUAUGGCUGUGAGAGAUUAUCUCGAGGCAAAUAAACCUGAGGUGAGUUUUUUUCUGGCAGUGGGGUCCCCCACAGCACUCGACAGGGUUCUACAAAAAGUGGCUGUUCGGGAUUUUUUUGUGUCAAUCCAUUCCGCCACAGUGCAUUUUGAAUCGAUUUCGUGA